AUGUUGUACGGUGGCACCUGCAGAAGCGAUCAGUUAUUCGUGUCCGCUGGUUCGUUGAUGUUUGGGUCGCCACAGCUACCUUACAAUUUCAUACUAUCUUUCCUUAUUCCGGUUGCUACAAACCACUCUCUUCCGACUGCCAUUCGGAUAAACUCGGUGCAACACAUCACUUUUUUUUUUUCGUGUGCGAAAUCGUGCUUCAACCACAUUUUUCUCCUCCAUAUGUGCUACGGGGUCAUCGCGUAUUUGAUACAUUACAUUAUUCCCACUUGCAAAGUCGUGAAUGGUCUUUCGGUAUCAGCUCAACUUGUCCUUACAGCCUUCCCUUUCAUACUGUUUCACGUUGUUGGAAGUUUCCUGUUACAUUCACAAAAACGUCAUCACAGCUGCCAACGAACAACGUGUGAUGAAAUCUAUGUGCCUUUGGUGUUAAGGUACACAUGCAAUCAAAUUCUAUGUCGUCUGUGGCAGAAGAUAUUAAUACAUUGCAGUAUAUUUGCUCAAUCAACCUUGAUGUUUUCCCCCACGUUCCUCCGGGAUUAG